AUGGAUCGGACAAGGUUCACCCGUGGAUCAGCCAGAACUUCCAUGACCGCCCACCACAAGAAGGCGCCGGCGCCUGCGCCGUCAGCAGACCUCACCGACUUCAUGAACGACAUGUUCUUCGGAACAGUCAACAACGACGCCAAGAAGUCCUACAACCUCACCGGGAACCGAUGGGAGGACAACAAAGACAACGACGACGACGAAGGAGGAUUCGACGACAGCAUCCGGAGCGACAGCAGCAAGCUGACUCAGGAGUGGCUGCACGAGGCCAGGCGGAUGGUCGCCUCGUCUCCGUCCCGCUGCGACUCCCCUGCUAGUGCCAGGCUGCUCGGCUCGCCGAGGUUCGCUUCGCCGAGGCUUUCGACUGGGUCGAUUCUCGACAAGCGAGACCCUCUUUCCCGCUCCGCCAGAAGAAACAGAGCAACUGAAGGUUUCAGCGAGGAGAUCCUGACGAGGUCAGCUAGGCACAGCAGGAACGGGUCGAUCGGGUCCGACUCAGUGGUCGACUCGUCCCCUGCAUCGCAAGUACACAAGUGGAUCUCCAAUAACCUGAAGCCGCCAACUUCAAACGGAUCUUCCCCUGAAUACCAAUCACCAAACAACAACAACAACGGCGCGCUGAUUUUUCUGGCGAACGAUGCAGGGUCGCCUCUGCCUCCACGGCAAUCGACAAUCAGGAAGUCUCGCUUCCGAUCUGCGCCGAAGCCUUCGCAGCCUCCACUGCCGCCAGCUUCUUCGCCGCAGGAUAUUCCGAGAAGGUUCAAGCAGGCUCCGUCGCCGGAGCCUACAGGUCAGAUGCUGUCUCCGCCGAAGAAUCUCGUGGAGUCUGCUCACCGGCGGUCUAUUUCCAAGUCCACCUGUUCGAUCGAAAAAAUUGCUCCGAAUUCGAGCGGGCGCGAAGAUGAUCAACUGAGUGGGGAGCAGCAGGAGCUGAGCUUGAAUGGGUUCUUGAAAAAACAGAGGGCCAAGAUUGAGCAGAUCAUGAACAAAGAGGUUGAAGGGAAGGCCAAGAUCAUCCUCUCUGGACCUUCAAACAGUACAAGUUCAAUGGUGGCAGCGAUUUGCCAUGCCUGGUUGAUGGAGAACAGGGCGAGGAAGAGCAAGGAAGAUGGAGGCGGCGAUGGCGAGGCGCCUUUCGUAGUGGUGCCGGUGAUGAAUGUUGGAUCUCAAUGCACCAUUCUCACAGACAACUACUGUGAGGAUGCAUAUGACUUGCUGGAAUUCCCCAUGCUAAAAAAGCUUCUGCUUGCUGGGAUUCUGUUAGACACCCAGAAUCUGAAUUCAGCAGUGGAGUUGUCCACAACAAGAGACUCAGAGGCAGUCCAAUUGCUCCUAGCUGGGUCUGCUCCAAACUACAGGACUAACAUCUAUGAUCAAUUGAUACAAGAUCAGAAAGACCAAGCCCUUUUCGAAGCUUUCCGGCAUAGCUAUGGGAAGCCCCCGAGCAGCGAGAGUGGAAGAACAGAGAAGACUUCAAGCAAUUCCAGCCAAAAUGAAUCCAACACCAAGACCAAAGGGGAUACAACAAGAACAGCUAAACAAGCUCCAAAGCCAGCACCAGCACAACAGCCUAAUGAUUCCUCCCGCGGAAAGAACAAGUCUUUCCUCUCGAAAUGGUUUGGCUUUGGAGGAAAGUAAUGAAGUUGGGAAGUUUACAACUUACCAACGCCCUUUUCUUUUCUCCUUCUCGAAUUAGUUUGUGUAGAUUUUCAUAGUUCACGGAGUGAGGGGGGAAAAAGAAGUGGGAAACUUAUCCGGAGUGUUGUGGUUAGUAAGAAGAAGAAAGAAGAACCAAAUAGAG